UUAUUUGGUUGAUGUCAUUUCUUUUCUUUCCACCAGUCACCACAGUAGAUUUAUUAUCUUUUAAGCUUCUAAUAUUCUAAUUCUCAACGAAUUCUAAUUAAAAAUCGGAUGAGAAGUGUGAAUGAAUACACAGCAAUAAAACUGGAAAUAGAAGCACGCUACGGCUACCCCAAGAAAGAUCUACAUUUCCCAAGUGUACCUAUACUUAAUACAAAGUUUUGUAAAACUGUUUCGUGACUUGUGCCCUCGUGCCUAACCUUGUACCUCAUCACAAGCUGUGCUCACCACAAUGCCAGCCAGCAGCAUUAAUUUGUAUAAUAUGCAAGAUGCCAAAAUGAAGUUUGAAGCAAUGCGACCUGCUCCCGUUUGCACCGACACCAGCAUGUUAAUGGGACACUGCCAGAAGAUCCACAUUUCAACGAAUUGUUACUAUGGUUAUCAUGAUACCAAAAGCUUAGAAAAUGUUCACGAGGACGCAGAUUGUGAAAUGGUCGAGUUGUCACGCGAAGGUGACACCAAAGCAGCAUCAUCGCCGAGCAAUACGAGGAAAAGAAGCGCGGACCACGACACAUAUUAUUCACAAACCAAACGCAUACGUGCAGAGGGUAUGGUGCCAACGCCUCAAAACUACAACCCAUGUUUACUGCGCCCCACUCACAACAAUCCAGAUAUCUCUCGUUGUCUCAUGGUCCAUAUGAUAUAGUUCCUCCAAAAUUCCUGCAUCACUGCAACUUUAAUCUAAUUUAGAAAUAUUGACUUUAUCUGCAGAAGUACAAAUAAAGAAAAGAUUAGAACCUGAGACAAUUGAGAAAAAGAAACUGGACACAAGUUCUGAGGAUUUACUGGAGGCUCUUUAUUGGAACUUGCAUGGUGGGAGCUAUUUUCACCUGUGUCAGUGUCUGUGAUGAGAAGUCAAACUUGUGAUAGACAAUAGUGAUGUUGGGACUUUUAAGAACUUCUAUUAGCUACUAAAUGUUUUGUAAAGAAGUUGGUUGGAGUAUUGGAUUAAUUUGAGCAAUAUAAUAAUAAAUGAAUAAGAAAUUUUCGUAAUAAAGAUAAAACAGGACAAGGGCAGCUUUUUAUUUCCAAUGAAGAAAGAAACUAGUGUUUUAUAUAUUUAUUUAUUCUAAAUAAAUAUUAUAACAUAAUCAAUGAAAUAUAAACAGCAGUCAAAUGAUAAAAAGAAUACACACAGUAUUUAAAGUAUACAACGGUGAAUUGGAGAAUGUCAUGAUGCUUCCUUCUCAUUCUUAAUCUGGAAAAAAGGAAAAGGAAAUUAAUUUCGAUUUGUUCUGUUUUUCUGUUACAGAUGCAGAUAAAGAAGAUCUAAUUUUAUUUUUUUCAGGUUCACUCAAACAAUAGAUCAAGCAAAAAUGUUUGAUGUUUGGGUGUUUGCUCCAAUUUAAUUUAAUAUUAAUUUUCACCUUUCUGUUUUUCAGAUGCUUCUUCCAUAUGCAGCCUUGUUGGCACACGGUCAAGCCCAAGCCACUCUGCUUCAGCCUUUAAUGUAAACAUAUCAAAGUUUUAUAUUCCAUCCAUGAUAUGUUUCAGGGUAAAAUUUUGCAUACAAAUGUUCAUAAUCUAAAGUCAAGCAUUUUAAUUUAUCUUUUAUCUGUGAUUUAAGUACCUGAGUAUGAGAUCUUUGUAAUAAAUUAUUAUUAUU